AUGUUUUUCGGCAAUGCCCAUAAGACUGACCCGCCUAAUCAUGAUGGCAACAUCUGCGCAAAUCGCAACGAUGACACCUGUGCGCUGAAUGCUAAGUGUUUUGUGGAUUGUAUUGGGUGCGCGUACUGUGCGAGUUUUGUGCCUGCUGAUGCAAAUGUUGGAACUGAGGUAGACCUUAACGUCGUGGACGAACGAAACAGAAAACAUGAGGAAAACUUCAAGGCUGACAAUUCCAAUACCGUUGAGCUCAAGAACGAAGAAGAUACACACCUUAGUGAGAAAAGGCAGGAAAACGAGCACAAAGAAGAGAUCUCCAAGUGCACAUAUGAAAAUAAGAACCCAAAAAAAGGCAAAAGAAAAUGUUCAUUGAAAAAUAAAGGCCUGAAAGCUGAAAAGAAACAAACAGAUGCAGAUAAAGAUCUAGUUGAAAGAAGCACACUGCAAGAUAAAACAGAAAAGAAAUUGGAGUUUCCAGCUGGUAUGGAAGAGAAGAGUGCCCCAAAUAAUCCUACCAAGGGUAGAAGACGCAAAGGAAAAAAAAAUGCAGCAAAAAAUGGAAGCAACAUUUCUGCAACAGGGGAUGUCAAUAAGGAAAACAAAUCUAACACACUAAUAUGUCCGAAGAAAGAGCCAAAAGAACACAUGAACAUUGACGCUUCCAAUGAUCAGUUGAAUAUCACCUGCAGGAACGAUGAGCAACGACACGAUGGGAAGGAGAACCAAGUGUACGCCCCAUGCAUUACGAUCGAAGAAACACCAGAAUCUAAUAAUGUAAGGGCCCCUUCAGAAUGCUCCAGAAAUGCAAAGUCAAAACGGGUUUGUAAUGAGUAUGCUGAAGAGGAAAAUCUGAUUAAUAGCUGCAAUAAGUGGAAUGCACCCUCGAAUGAUGUGAACGGAAAUGUAGCUCCUUAUCAAGGCGAAAGAUAUAUUCCUUACGAGGAAAUGAAAGAGGAACAUGCAGCGAAUCAUCAAAUGUUGCAGCUAGGGAUAGCCAAGAACGAACCUUUGUGUGAGAGCAAUUCAGAUGUUCCACUUAACCAUUUUAAUGCUGCUGAUCAAGGGGAGCAUUAUUAUAUGACGAAUAGUAUUGGCACCCAGAACACACCAUGUCUAUAUACUAACGAAGUGGACUUGUCGAAUGGGACACCAUGGAAUAGGAACCACUAUGGAGAGGUGGAAUCGUCCAUAGAACAGCUUUUAAAAAGGAGCAUUUUGGAAGAAAACUUUCCUGAUGGGCAACAUAUGUCGGAUGAUAUUUCAAACGAACAUGUUUCAGGGGCAGAUAUCUGGCAGGGGUACCCUGUGGCAGGUUAUCCUGUAGGGGGCAACCCGGUGGACAGUUACUCAGUGGGUAGUCACCCUGUGGUGAGUUACCCAUUGGAGAGUUACCCGUUGGAAAAUUACCCCUUGGAAAAUUACCCCUUGGACCGCUACCCGGUGGGUAGUAACCCCGUGGAGAGUUACCCAGUGGAGUGCUACCCCCCUCGUUGGGUCAUAAGAAAGGAAGACUGCUAUUCUGUACCUGAGGUACCUGCAGAAGAGGCCGUCGCGCAGGAAGCAGCGAAUCCAUGGGGGAGAGAAGAACUGCAAAACCAAGAAAAACAAAAUGCUCAUAAGAAUUCUUGUUUUUUUUCAAGUAUGAACAAAGAUGAGCCACGUCUUCCAUCUAACAUCGCAAACAUGGAAACACAUGCAAUGGGAGAAUUUAAUGAUCGCUCAAGUCUUAAUAAAAAUACAUCGUUCGGUUGCAGAAUGGAGAGAGAAAUAGAAACGGAAGUGUCUAACCUCCUGGUGAAUCUUAACCAAGGGGCUACCUCCUCACAAUUGCACACCAUCCCGAACACCGCAGUAAGUCCAGCGACGACCACAACCACGAGCGCAAGAAUGAGUAGCGUAACUCCUGUCCGGAAUAAUGGCAAUAUGACGGAUACGCUACACAACCAGUUUGACUUGGAAAACAAUACCAAGUUAUACAUCACUCAGGGCGGAUUGCGCGAUGAUCAAGGUUUGCCUUAUUCAUGCACGCACAUGUUAGAUACAAACGGACGUCCAAAUGCGCUCAUUGUGACAGGCACAGUAAAUGCUAAUGUAAGCAUGCCAGGUGCUAGUGCACACACAAUUGUGAUUGCCCCAAACGCACACAUCAAUAUCGUAGGCGAUAGUACAUACACAACCCCGACUUACCCAAACACAAACGCGCGCGUACCAGAGGAAUGUGCAUCUGCACUAGGUCAUGGCGAAAACGUACAUGUGCCUCCAGGUAAUCACGUGAUACAAACUAAUAACGAAGCAUUCGGCACAGGAGCAACUAACAGCUAUGCCAUCCCACACCCCAGAUUGGAUAAUUGUCCCAAUUCCGAGACGCAACAAAAUUUUAGUGAAUAUCAAUACCCCUAUAUUAAGAUUACGUGCCCAAAUGAGUGCACGAAUAUUUCUGUGGAGACUUGCUCAGGCUAUCCAUACAACCACUCGAUAGGUGUGAACAAUUCUGGGGUGCUCGACCCGAAUUGUCAGGACAACUGUUUUUGUUCCAGUGGGGUUCAUUCGUUUCAACGUGUUGGAGCCGAUGGGUCAUGCUGCUACAAUGGGACAUGCAAUUGCAAUGGCGCCAAGUUGUGCGAUGAAGGCCUGCAGUGUAACAAUUGUGAAUAUUGCCAGGAGGGAAAUAAUUUUCAUUGUACCAACGAAUUCCCAAACCAUGGUGAUAAUUCGUGCAUGACCAACACGUACAAUAACUUACCGCCAUCCCAAGUGUUAAUUACACAUGAUUGCCGUUAUUACCAAAAUGAUCCCCAAAUGGAUAUAGCAAGCGCUUCAAAUAACUUAAAGGAUCAAUGCAGCCAAAACAAUAACAACGGAAGAGAUUCGUUUCCCAGAUGUUCAGUCAAAAGCGAAUACUAUUGUGCCCCCAUUACAAGCAGUACAAAAGUUGUCCCCGAAAAUAGCUGUUCCUGUAUAAACGGGGAUAAUAAUAACAUAACCGUGCACAUUAAGAGGGAACAAAUGGAUCCACAAGACGCGAGGGUUGCUAACACGGAUGGUAAUGGUCAAUCCGAUCAGUAUAUUCACACAGCCGCAUACAAUAACACUGUCGAUGUUUGCGCAAGAAAUUGUGCGAACUAUCCAGUUGUUAACAUUAAGGAAGAGGACAGUUACAGUCCUGGCCCAGCUAACAAAGGGAAGGUAAUGCCCCGCGGGAGUAAUCCCAACGCAGGCAAUAAUGAUGGGAGAACAAAUGAAAACGGAGCGCGCGAAUUAGGGACCAUUAAGGUCCAAGUGUGCGGUCAGGAGUGUGAUGUGGAGAGACACCUUCCGGGAGAUAAGAAAGCGGGGCAUACGAAUAGUACCAAAGUGAAGGUAAAAAGGGAAUCCUGGAGUGAUAUCGGAAGUGACGUCGAAGGGGAUGACGAAAGGGAUGACGAAAGUGAUGAAGAAAGUGGAAACGUCAGUGACUACCAGCAUUGCGGACAACCUGGCGGCCACCAUAACGGCCAACGUGACCACCUGCAGAGGACAACUGUCAAUAGCCCACACUGUACCACAACUGAAAAGAACGACGAAAGUGCGCAUGCAGGGACGAAAAGUGGAGAAGCAAAUUCACUAAAUUAUUGCACAACAAAAUACAACACAGAGAGUGCACAUAAUUACAAGAAGUAUGGGGUAGAAAACUUAAGGAUAGACACGGGAAAUAUAAUCAACCACAGUAACAUACCUUAUGACGUUUUCAAUCUGGAGGAUGACUGCAACUGCAAUUUCUCUGAUGUAUUAUGUGGCAAUCGGAACGACACAUUUGCACAUCAAAAAAGCCCAAACAAAAAUUUUAAAAAUAUAUCUUCAUGCGAUAGGCAGAAUAGUGUGAAGGAAAAUAGCAAUCUGUGUAAUUACGGCACAAAUGGUGAAAGAGAAUGUGACACAUGCGGUUAUUUGUGUAGAAUUAAUUUGCCCUAUUUGUCGGAUCAUUGUGUGUACAAAACACGCUACCCUGUGGAUGAUGGGUGCUCAAUUUUUCCCCAUUCCUUAAGAGGAGACAUGCCAAGUAACUACCAUUUAAGUAGGCUGGGAGCAACUGAUCAAGUAAACUUGCACGGUGACGAGAGUUCCAGGAUUUAUGUUAAUGCGGGUCCCCCUGAAAGUGUUGCACACGUCAGUGGAGACGAUAAUUAUCCCAGAGGAUAUUUUUACAAUUUUAACGACGACGGCUACGCCGAUAAGUUCGGUCCUUCGAAUACGCCAAGCAACGGAGUUACAUUCAGCAACGCGUGUUCGCCCAGUAAUACAGAUCAUUGUGGUACCCCGUACGCGUUAAACUACUGCAAGUAUUGUAACCACACAAAUGACCAGCUCCCCCUGGAUUGUCAACAGUCCCCAAAUGAAAAUAAUUAUGGGGCCAAUUGGAGCCAUUCUAACGAGACCUGCCAACACUACUGCCCCCAUUUUUACGCCAACGUUGAGUACAGCCUGAACAAGCCCUUUUAUUUCCGUGGCGACUACUUCGCCCCCGCGCCAGAUGAGGUAAAAAGCCUCUCUGUUAACAAGAACAAUACGAAUAACACAAAUGUGAGUAGGGUAACUAAUGGCAUUCCCAUAAAGAACGAGUUAAAGGAGGGUAUCAAUUUUUCUAAAGACACAAAUACUAUUAGAAUAAAGAGCGAAGUGGCAAAUGAAUAUGAUAUCAUGUCCACUGAUGUUCCCAUUAGCUCCAAAUCUAAUAGUACCCUUGGCAUAAGCACCACUCCGAUUAACAAUAACACAUACAAUCUGUUAAGUAUCUCCACAAAAUGUGAUAGCUCUGGUUUUAAUAACCAUCAUGAUUCCCUCGCGUAUGGUGGAGCAUCCCCCAGUGAAGUGAACCAAAGUGAGAGGAUCAAUACGAAUGCUGUGGAGAAACAUCACUGCGGUGGGUGUAUUGCUGAAGGGAGCUCCAAUACCUGUCAAAUAGGUGCAGGAAAUGAAUGUAAAGACGGGGCGGAAGCCAAUACAUAUUCAUGGGGGAAAAAACAUUUUGGUACAGGUGUAAUGGAGAAUAUGAAGAAAAGUGAAGAUGGAAUAAAGGGGCGAAAGCUGCGCUGUAGCCAAAUGUGUAUGCCACGCGUGAAGGCGGAAAUUGGAUCCGAAAGGGAUAAGGAAACUGGUGCCGCCUGCAGCCCGAGAAACAGCGCACAUUGCAGGCGCAAAGGAUGUAUGCACACUGAUCAAGGUAUGAGAGAUAAAGGUAGCAUCAGCGUCAAUACAGAAAUAAAUGCAAAGAGAAACGCUAAUAACCGAGACGCAAGUGGGUAUCAAAAGAAAACUCAGUUCACGCAUAGUGAUGGAAAUAGUGUGCAACACUUAAAUGAAAUGCAUAUACAUGUGAAAAAUAUUAAUUGCAUGUACACCCCCGAAAAAUACAAUUACUUGAAUGAGGCACAUUGUGUGAACAACCAUGUGAAUGAAGUGAAAUUCACUAACGAUGCAUGGGAAGAAGGUAAAUCUUUGACUCAUGCACAUUGUGAAAAAUAUGUGCAACAGUUCAGUUACUUCUAUUCGCACAUGUCUGGCAUGGGUGGCAACUUGAACGUGGAGAUCAAAAAGGAGCACGCCGAUGGGAAAGGCGGCGAUGGCGAAAACAAUAGCAGUCACAAUGAAACAGGAACUGAGAGCGACAGUAGCAGUGACGAUGAAAGCGACAGCAGCAGUGACAGUGAAAGCGACAGCAGCAGUGACAGUGAAAGCGACAGCAGCAGUGACAGUGAAAGCGAUAACAGUGGUGAUCACACGAACAAAGCAGUCGCUCAUAGCAUAGACAAGCUGCAAAAAUGCGCAAAUGAUAUGUACGGCGCUAAGAACGUAAGUGGUUCCCCAUACCGUCCAGGCAGUAUUGCCAAUAACAGCAGUGCCAUGCAUGCCGGUAUGCCAUCCCAUGGAGGACAUGUGCAUGCAAUUUUAGAUCAAACUGGUUUGAACUGCAUGAAGAGUACAGUGUACAAUGGUACAUCUCGUGGUGAUGUUAACAACAAGGAUAGCAACGUAGGAGGAUACUCCUAUGGCGAUCCAUCUGGUUUAUCUAGCAACUGCCAAUAUGGUUACGCACAUGGACUAAACACCCACUCAUAUGCGGACGGAAGCAAAUCAGGGACCCCAAGGUGCACGUUAGGGAGCACAAAUGCAAAUACCCAGGAUGCACGUGACAUGAUCGAUUCACAGGUUGAUAGAUUUGGUUGUCAACAUAUUGAAAAUGACAAUGAUGGGACGAAUGAAUUGGAUAACGACAGCGAUGAUGAGUUAAAAGGAGAAUACCCGGAUAAGAAGAAGAGUAAUGUAAGUAUAGUUAACGUAGGAAGUGUAAACAACACUAGUGGGAGUAACACGAUUAUCACAAGCUUGGGCAGUGAAACCAGGGCCAACACAAACAGCAGCACGCGCGCCACCGCAAAUAGCAAUAGCACUGUCGACGGAGACACUUCCCCAAAUGGAGUCACGAGCGUGAAAAGCGAAAGUACCACAUGCAGCCUUAAUGAUACACACAGAGGGUAUGGAUGCAUCAAGCAAUGCAAAGAUGAGAUGGACUACACGAGAAAAGUCAAAUCGGAAAAAGGACUCAAAAGAAGAGGAAGAAAAAAAAACGAGUCAAAUAAUUUUAAAUAUGCACAUGUAAAAAAAAAAGAAUUAGUGAAAAAAAAAUAUGAUGUACAUAAAGAAAUGGUCCUAACUAUGGAAGAAGGGGAUCUAAAAGUAAUCGCUGAAGAAAUUAUUAGGAAUACUCUUUUGUUACCAGAGAGGGGACCCUAUGGUAGGAAUGCACUGGAUGCUUCUCACCCCAUUCAUAGCGUGUGGAAAGACACAAGUCGUGGGAAUUCUUCAUGGAGAUGCAGAUGGUGGGAGAAUGGGAAACGAUUAAGUAAAAAUUACAAUGUCAAGAGAUAUGGAGAGCUAGAUGCUUUGAAAAUGGCUAUCAUUACAAAGUUGAGAAAUAGCUCACCAAGAGAUCGCAUUCUUUAUUUGAAUCACCAGAGGGAAUUUCUAAAUUUGUGUUACACCAAUAAUUGGAUACCAAAAAGGGAAAGCGGCAGAGUGGAAGAGGUUGGAGAUGCUGCUCAAAAAACACCCGAAAAGGACGACAUGUUGGACGCAGAAAAAUGCGACAAAGGGGUAGAGGACAUGCAUGCACAUGAAACUAACAAGCAAUGUGAUCAAGACAAGGAUUCAGAAGAAACUCGUUUGAGUGUUCCCCUCAUUACACACAGCAUAAGCUCGUUCUCUGAUGAUGCAAGUGCACCCCUCCACAGGAAUAGUCUCGAAAGCAGAAGAAACAAACGCACUCUUCUAACUAACACAGGAAGUAGCAAAAAAUGCCGCGUCCGUAAGUAUUAUUCCUACGGACCGAACACCGACACUACGGGACGGUCUCAGCAGGGCGAUGGAACAAACGCUGUAAACGGAAGAAAUGCAAUGCACACUGUAAGCGUACUGAACGCGCCGCAUGUGCAGAAAACGCUAAAUGCGGUGAAUGCCCAUGGAGGCGUAAAAUUGGAAAAGAUGCCACAUGUGCAAGGGGGGAAUGUCUUGCGGAACAUGUAUUAG